CGGGGGAGGGAGGGAGAGCCAGCCAGCCCGUUCAGUCCCAAUGGGGGGGAAGAAAGUCUGCAUCGUGGGCUCCGGCAACUGGGGUUCAGCUAUUGCCAAGAUCGUGGGUAGCAAUGCUGCCAAACUGGACAAGUUCGACACCACUGUCAACAUGUGGGUGUUUGAGGAGGAAAUUGGUGGCAAGAAACUCACUGAGAUCAUCAACACGCAGCAUGAAAAUGUCAAGUAUUUGCCGGGCCACAAGCUGCCACCCAAUGUGGUGGCAGUGCCUGACUUGCUGAAGGCUUCGGCGGAUGCUGACAUCCUCAUCUUUGUAGUGCCCCACCAGUUCAUCGGGAAACUCUGCGACCAGAUGAAAGGCCGCAUCAAGAAAGAUGCCAUAGGGGUCUCACUCAUCAAGGGGGUGGAUGAAGGCCCUGAUGGGCUGAAGCUGAUAUCAGAUAUCAUCCGUGAGCAGCUAGGCAUCGAGAUGAGCGUUUUAAUGGGGGCCAACAUCGCCAAUGAAGUGGCUGAGGAGAAGUUCUGUGAGACCACCAUCGGCUGCAAGAACCUAGGGCAUGGACAGAUCCUGAAAGAGUUGAUGCAGACGCCCAACUUCCGAAUCACGGUGGUGGAAGAAGCAGACACGGUGGAGCUCUGUGGUGCCCUUAAGAAUGUGGUGGCUGUCGGGGCCGGCUUUUGCGACGGACUGGGCUUUGGCGAUAACACCAAGGCUGCCGUCAUCCGCCUGGGCCUGAUGGAGAUGAUUGCCUUUGCCAAGCUUUUCUGCAAGGGUUCUGUCACUUCGGCCACUUUCCUGGAGAGCUGCGGGGUUGCUGACCUCAUCACCACCUGCUAUGGAGGGCGGAACCGCAAAGUGGCAGAAGCUUUUGCCAAGACUGGAAAGUCUAUCGAGCAGCUGGAGAAAGAGAUGUUGAAUGGACAGAAGCUCCAGGGCCCCCAGACCUCAGCAGAGCUGAACCACAUCCUCAAAAACAAGAAGUUGGUAGACAAGUUCCCACUCUUCACUGCAGUCUAUGAGAUCUGCUAUACAGGCAAACCCGUCACUGAGUUCAUCACAUGCCUGCAGAACCAUCCUGAGCAUCUGUGAUGGGCCACGAGUCUUGCUCCAGCACAUGAAGGGAUGGGAGGAUCUCUCCUGCUGCAGUCGCACCCCUCCUCACCAUGAGGAGAGGGACCCAAUACAGGGCAACAGGACAAUCAGCAGGAGGCCUUACAUAGGACACACUGUGGCUACCAGUCAGGGAGUUCCUGGCUCAGCUCCUUGACCAGGGAGCCCCUGCCAUUUGCCAACCCAACUCUACCUUGGAAGUCCACAGUGUUGCCUUGGAUUAUCUAGUCCCCAGCUUGACUCUUGUUAAAUUUAGAUCAACCCCAGCACUAAAACCAUCCUCCUUCUCGGAACGCGCACAUCAGGCAAAGCUUUGGCUUUUAUCUUCCGCUUUCACGCCCAAACUCUCGUCUCCUUGCCCUGCCUCAUCCCCACUCCAGUUCUUGGCUUCUGUUUUUUAACUUUUCCAUUUGAGGAUUCAAACUAUUCCGUGCCACUUUUACCUGCCUUAAGAGAUGGUUAAAGCCAGUUUCUAGCAAAGAGGGGGGAGUAAACACCAGUGAAUCCUUCCCAGGCCUGGGAUGUAAGGAGCAUUAUAACAACCAGCACUCAGCUAGGGCUGAGUUCCCCUUCACUUUAUUUUCUGUAAACAUGGCUUGGCCGCAGCAUCCCUGGUAUCCACAGGAGCGGGAACUCUAGCCAUGAAUGUGAAUGUAUUUUGGAAUAAUAAACACUAAAGUGAGAAACUAAUCGUUCUCACCAAAAGAUUUGAUUUCUGGCCUCUGGGUUAUGUACUGGCUGAGAUCAAGAGCAAGAUAACAUUGAUUUUAACUCAGCAGUGGGGGUUUUAGAUCCUAUACUAUUUGGAGAUGGGGGGGGCUCGAGGUAGUGGGGCAGUCUGCUCCUUUCACUAGACCCUUUCCUGCCCACCACCGUAGCCAGGUGCUUGCCCUCAUUCUGGCAUGACCUUUUCAUGCCGGUCGCCUGGCCUGCCCCCCCCCUUCAUCCAAGAGCAAUUUAAUCUGCUGCUGCUGCUGCUGCUGCAGGAGACCUUGUGCCUUUUAUUAGAUACUCAGAAUCAGGCGACGUCCUGUGACCUUUCUAUUUAGCCAGCUAGAAAAAAGAAGCAAAUUUAAAGGAUGGGGAAAGGUUCCCUAUGCAUUUCAUAGCCAGAGCUGACACUGGGUGGCCACUUCUAGUACUAUGGCCAUUCCUAGUACUACUUGUAAAAAUGGACCAUUGAUUUACAAGCCAAAUAUUUCUGCACUGCAGGCCAGCUUUUGGUGUGAGUUUAUACCAAGUAAUGGAGAAUUCCACCAAUAAUAUUUGAUUGACAGGAUGCUCCUUUUCUUGCAAUUGGAUUAUUAAAACCUUUAAAUUACAAUCCACCCCAAGUUAAACUCUUUGACAUAUUACCGGCUUCAGUUAAGCUAAUGAGACGGGAACAUGCUUAAUGUUGGCUGAACGGUGCUCAGAGUUUGGGCGUUCUGGACAUUACAGUUUAAAACAAGGAUUGUGGAAGUGUGGCCUUCUAGAUGUUGCUGGACUGCAGCUUCCAUGAGCUAUCAACCAGCACAAUUGAUAGAGGGGAAUAUUUAUUAAUUACAAGUAUUUAAAAUAUUUCUAUGUCUCCUUCCUCCCAAAAAGGACCCAAGAAUAUUUGGAAUUACAGUCUAAAAGCAUCUAGAGACUCACAUGUUCCUUAUUGCUGGUGUACAAUAAUGAAGAGUACAAAUGGGGAGAAAGGCUAUGUAUAACGCUCUGAAUUCCUUAGAGGAGGUAGCUAACAGAAACAAGAAAAACUAAUAAAUAAAUAAAAGCAUGACAUAUUGCUGAAGAGCUCAGUGGUCGAGGUCUCUGGCUGCAGAGCUAGAGGCUGGGAGUUCGAUUCCCCACUGUGCCUUCUG